AUGGGGCAGUCUGUGUCCUCUUACAGGUCCGCUCGGCGGAGCCUCCCUGCUAAGACCGCGGGAGACAUCAUCGACUCGAGCUCAGACCUCGUUCAUCCUCCAUCCCCGCUUAGCGGGCUUCCUGUCUUGAAGAAAGCAAAAGGCCAUUACUGGUACCCCUCUGAGGGCACCAGGAUCCUCGAUGCCUGUGGCGGUGCCGGCGUGGCCUGCCUCGGACACGGCCGGCGCGACAUCACCAAGGCUGUCACUGCCCAGAUGCACUCAUUCACGUACGCCUCAUAUGCCCACUUCAACACCAGCCCGGUCCAGGAACUCUCCGACUGGCUCAUCAAGAGCACGGGCGGCAAGAUGCAGAAGGUCUACGUAAUGUGCUCCGGCUCCGAGGCAAUGGAAGCAGCCCUAAAGCUCGCAGUCGAGUACUUUCUCUGGCAAAACCAGCCGGACCGAACCAACUUCAUCGUCCGCGAGGAAUCCUACCACGGUACCACGCUGGGCUCGCUCUCCGCCUCGGGCCACGUCGUCCGCCGCGCGCCCUUCGCACCUCUCCUCAUCCCCGCCCGCUUCCACCGCAUCCCCGCCUGCAACCCCUACCGCCAGCGCCUGGUCUCCGACUCCGAGUUCGAGUCGGACGCCGCCUUCGUCGCGCGCAAGACGGCCGAGCUCGAAGCCGAGUUCGCGCGCCUCGGCCCCGAGACCGUCGCGGCCGUCGUGCUGGAGCCGGUCGUCGGCGCCGCCCUGGGCUGCGUCCCCGCCGUCAAAGGCUACCUAGCCGCCGUGAAGGCGGUGUGCGAGCGGCACGGGGCCCUGUUGAUCCUGGAUGAGGUCAUGUGCGGGAUGGGGCGGACGGGGUUCUUGCAUGCCUGGCAGGGAGAGGCCCGGGAAGGGGACGGCAGCGGGCCGGACGACGUGGUGCCGGAUUUGCAGGCUAUUGCGAAGGGGUUUGCCGGCGGGUAUCAGCCUGCUUCGGCGCUGCUGGUGGGGGGCAAGGUGGCGGGCGUGAUGGAGAGGGAGGGGAAGGUGUUUACCCACGGGCAUACGUACCAGAAUCACCCCGUUGUGGCAGCCGCGGCAUUGGCGGUGCAGAGGGUGGUGGAGAAGGAGGGAUUGUUGAAGAACGUGCGGGUGCAGGGGACCUUAUUGGAGAGGUUGUUAAAGCAGAGGCUGGGGACCCAUCCGAAUGUCGGGGACAUCAGGGGGAAGGGGCUGUUCUGGGGCAUCGAGUUCGUCAAGGAUAAGCUGACCAAGGAGCCGUUUGAUCCGGCCUUGGGGAUUGCGGAGCGGGUGCACAAGACCGCGGUGAGGGAAUUUAGGGUGCUGGUAUACCACGGCCAGGGCUGUGCUGGCGGCGGCAGAGGGGAUCACAUCAUGGUCAUGCCGGCGUAUGAUAUUUCGAGCAAGCUGGUUGCUGAGAUUGUGGAGCGGGUGGCGUCUGCGGUGGAAGAGGUUUUUCGGCAUCUUUGACCAUCUGUGCCGUGGAAUGAUCUUGGGUUGAGGGGCUUACUGGUGCAUGUAUGGGGAGUAAAGUCAUGCCUGAUUUCGUAGUAGAGACAGUGCAAGCGGCAUUCGCGGAG